AUGGCGGAGACAGCAGCAUCAGAUGUGGAGGCACAGGGAGUGAAGCCGACUGCAGACUCCGCCGAUGCGCAGCAGAGUGUCGGUGUUGGUGUGCUGGGCUGGCUAGGCUUCAUCAUUGUGAAUCUGGCCGCAUGGGGCAUCGUGGGUGUGACCACUGCAAUUUCUUGGAUUUUCGGUCUUGGAGUGUGCCUCCUGUAUAUCGCGCUUCUGAUUGGUCUAGCUUUUUGGCUGGAGAGGUCGGGAUCUGUCUACAAGCAGUUCAUAAACCUGCUCUGGGUGCUGGCCGGCUGGUUUGUCUUCAUUGCUGGCGCUUACAUUGCAGUCAAUACCUUGGGUCGUGAUGGGAUCAGUACUGGACCGUACCCGACCGGAAUCUCGACCAGUGCAUGGCAGUUCGAUCAAGGCCUGCAAGACUUGCUACCCAGCAACGCCACUCCCUCUCUGAGAACUUGGGCCCGGAGCGCUGGGCUCUACGACGGAACGGAUUACAUCACAUUUGGAGGCAGCAUGUUCUUCAAUGGCAGAGUGAAUGGAGAAAGUCGAUUUCUGCGGGUCACUGGUGGUCAGACAGUGCAAGUGAGCAACCGUGGAUUGGCCUUGACGACAUUUCAGUCAAAGCUCUUUUUUGUAGAUGAUAGGAUCUACAGCAUAGAGGAAAACAACGGCGUCUUGAGCAAUCGUCAAGCGGCCCUCUCCUACGUUGGAGGAGACGUAGUCCAAGGAAUCUGGGUUGAGAACGACGUCAUGUACUACAAGGUCAAUCGAAAUUGCAUGGACCCGUGCACUGGGUGGUAUGGCUACGUGAGCACCAUCUUCUCCUCCAGCACUGGAACGGACUACACAGACCUUCGAGGUGACACUUGCGAUGCAUGGUCCACGCUGAAACAAAGCGAAUCAGCAUGCGGGACUGGAGACCUCGGAGGAGUAUCUUCCGUGCUGCCAGGUCCAAGCGUUGAAAGCAUCUGGGGUGUGAUCUUCAUGGCGGCCGUGCCGAUGCUCAUUCUCUCCUUCGUGGUGCUCAUCCGCAAGAAGAUGCCUGGCCUUUUCUUCAAUAUCUUCGGAGGAAUAGUGGCAAUUGUGGUGAUGGUCUAUGCGUUGGUCAACACUCUACCAACCCAAGGAGGAUUAGAUGCUGUGAACUUCUUCAAAUGGUUCUUCUUGAUCUUCACCUCAGUGCAAUGGAUCGCCCUGGUUGCCUGGUCUUUGGCCGUUGAGAAGCAGGAAGAGUGGCUGGAAGAACUGAAGACAUGGGCAACCGGUGUGGUUGGAGUGACCUUCUUUAUCACUAUCCACUUCGUUUUGCAGAUCCCUAUCAGACAAGACUGGUGGUUGUGGGUCAUCUACGGCCUGUUGGCACUCACUCAAAUGCUCUUUUCUGCGGUGGUGAAAAGGACUCUCCCCAUGGUGACUGGCGCUCUGGGGGCCUUUGUAGUGGCCUGGAAAGUUGCCUCGGAGGUCUCUCAAGCUUUCCAGAUCAGCUCUUACCAGUUGCGAAUUCUGGCCCUCUUUGGCAUCAUUGGCCUCGAAGGCGUUGGCAUCAUUCUUGCCGCCAUUGCCUUCGCGCGCAAUCGAGAUGCCAUUCAGGAUGGCGUCCGUGAACUCUUGACCUGUCAAAGAUGCCGGCAGAAGCACCACUCCAUUGCGCUAUAA